AUGUUCGCAAGUUUAGCAUUAAAUCUUUGGCAUUUAGUUGUGCUGAAUAAAAUUGAUCAUAAUAAUAAAAAUUUAUGGAUGAAAUAUUGUGUGGGAUCCGGAAUUAUAGCUGGAUUAUUCACCGCAUUGACAUUCUUGUUUGAAAUGAAAGAAUCAAAAUCGGAAGGUUCAGAGAUUGCUGCUGCUUCUUUUGGAGUUCUAGCCGGUCCUAUAGGUUGUAUGGUUAAAAUUAAUGCUGUAAAAUUGCGUUUUUACCUAACACCAUUAGUAAUUGCAAUAUUGACCGGGUCUCUAUUGACAACGCACACAACCAUCAGGCUCUUUGUCAUAAAAAAUACUUUUCGAGACACUCGACUAGAUAUUAAAAAAAGGGGCCCAAUUCUAUUUCUGGUGUUCAGAUAUUCAUCAUUACCGUUACAUUGGAUUUUUCCAUGGCUAAAUAAAUCGAAAAAUAGUGUCUCAGAAACAAAUCUGACAUCCACUUCCACAAACCGAAUACAGCCAGACAACAUAACGAUAAAGAUGAUGCAUAUACCGAUACCACGUGCGAAUUCGGAUCCAACAUCAACGCAAUUAAAACCUCAUUUUGAACAAAUAAAUGAGCGUAAUCCUUCCCAUGUAAGCACGAAAACAGACAAUGAAUUUGUUGUGGCGUUUAACGAAGCCUCUAAAGUUUGGUUGCCUGAACAUCGAUUACAUUUUGCAGAUUUGCAGGAAUUAAAUGCUUACAUGGAAGAAAGAGUUGCAAAUAGCGAUAGUUUAGAAAUAAAGGAUUGA